AGAGAGUGAACCGGUGCAGGAGACCCCUCUCAGUCCGUCCCCCACGCUCCAACUCCGUUCCCGGGAUGUAGCUGGGAAAGCCCACUUAAGAGAGUGGGCUCAAUCUUUUGCAGCACCACCUGUCCCGGGCCAGUUCUUGAUGAGAAUUUGGAAAAGACCCACGUCCAAGAUCUGGGUUCCCGAACCCUACAGGGAUGUUGGGCGUUAUAUGAAUGAUUGUGUUCAGUGGUCUGCCCCUAAAAGGUUGCUAAAGAACAAAAUCUGUUACCGCCCUCCUUCUCUAAGAGACUCUCUGGAGCUAAAAGCCUUAAGAGGAGUGCUCUCGCGCCCCUAUCUCUGGUCCUCCCUGCGUUCAAGGCCACUCUGAUUCUGGAGUUCUGGAUCCCUCCUCUCCUGCCACUGCUCCUGUGGAAGAGUAGAGAAGCAAGUGCUCAAACCUUUCCUACCGGCUGCCUCCCGGGGAGACGGGACUUAAUCUAAGAGGGGAGUCAGUUUUCUAGACGUGUUGAAGUCACACCCCUCUCUAGGAGCUCCCGGGUCCUGGUGCUGCAGGAACAAACCAGAGUCCUGACAGCAGGAGUUUGUGAUCAGAGGAGGCUCACAAAACUGUGAAGCCUUUUGCCGGAGGUCCGGGCUGGUUCCUCGUCAUUAGUGGACCAGCCGGACCAGGGCUCUCUGCCUUGUGGGCUGCGGCGCCGUCAUGCUGCAGCAGCUCCUGAUCACCCUGCCCACCGAGGCCAGUCCCUGGGUGAAGUUGCACCAUCUGAAGAAGGCCAAGGAGGAGGUGCCCCUGUGGGAUGAUGUGACUAAAAUAUUUGAAGGAGAAGCUCUGCUUUCCCAGGAUGCUGAUAUGAUCCAGAGAGAAAGUUUAGAGAAUGAAGUGACCCCUGGGCUCCCGACAGCAGAACCCCAGGAACUGUUGACCUUCAAGGACGUAUCUGUGGAUUUCACUCAGGAGGAGUGGGGGAGACUGGCCCCUGCUCACCAGAAUCUGUACCAAGAAGUGAUGCUGGAAAACUACAGGAACCUGGUGUCAGUGGCAGGGUAUCAACUUCCCAAACCAAAUGUGAUUUCCCAGUUGGAGAAAGGAAAAGAACCAUGGAUGACAGAGAAAGAAGGUCCAGGAGAUCCCAGUUCAGACUUGAAGACUAAAACAGAAACUAAUGAGUCAGCUGCAACGAAUGACAUCUCACAGGAACAGUUAUAUCAUGGCAUUGUGAUGGAAAGGUUCAUGAGGGAUGAUAUCAUUUAUUCCACACUGAGAAAAGUCUCCAAAUACGAUGAUGAGUUAGAAAGCCCCCAGGAAACCUGUAGGAGAGAUGUAAGACAAGCCAUCUUGACCCUCAAGAAGAGAAGCCAAGAAACUAACAAAUUUAGGGAAAAUAUCUUUGUGAGUUCAAAUGUUAUUAUAGAACAAAGAAACCAUAAAUGUGACACACCUAGAAGAAGGAACAAAUACAAUUUAGAUUUGAUUAAUCAUUCAACAAGUUAUGUAAAAACGAAAACCUUUGAAUGUAACGUAUGUCUAAAAGUCUUCAAACAACCCAUUCACCUUACAGAGCACAUGAGAAUUCAUACUGGUGAGAAACCUUUCAGAUGUAAGGAAUGUGGAAGGGCCUUUAGCCAAAGUGCAUCCCUUACUACACACCAAAGAAUCCAUACUGGUGAGAAGCCCUUUGUAUGUGAGGAAUGUGGCAAAGCCUUCAGACAUCGCUCAUCUCUCAAUCAGCAUCAUAGAACUCACACUGGGGAGAAGCCCUAUGUAUGUGAUAAGUGUCAGAAAGCUUUCAGCCAGAACAUUAGUUUGAUCCAGCAUUUGAGAACUCAUUCUGGAGAGAAACCCUUUACAUGCAAUGAAUGUGGGAAAACCUUUCGACAGAUUAGACACCUGAGUGAACAUAUAAGGAUUCACACUGGGGAGAAGCCCUAUGCAUGCACUGCCUGUUGUAAAACCUUUAGCCAUAGAGCUUAUCUAACACAUCACCAGAGAAUCCAUACUGGGGAGAAACCCUACAAAUGUAAGGAAUGUGGAAAAGCCUUUAGGCAGAGAAUACACCUUAGCAACCACAAAACUGUUCAUACAGGAGUAAAAGCGUAUGAAUGUAAUCGCUGCGGAAAAGCCUAUAGGCACGACUCAUCCUUUAAGAAACAUCAGAGACGUCACACUGGAGAAAGACCUUAUGAAUGUAAUGAAUGUGGAAAAGCCUUCAGCUAUAAUUCAUCUCUUAGUCGACACUGUGAAAUACACAGAAGGAAACCAUUCCAAAAUAAUGUGUGAAAAAAAGAUUAUUCACAAUGAGAACAGAAGCCUAAUCUAGACCAGCCUCAGUCCUGCAUUUUUGGGUCCUCUUCAACAUUUUCUGUGGUCGCUUGUCAGACCCUCAGCAGCCAAAAUGGUGAAGCAGAUCUAGAGCAAGGAAUAUUUUCAGGCAGCCUUUUGAACGAUGCUGGAGAUAAACUUAUAGUUUAUUUCUCAGCCACAUGGCCAUGGCCUUUGCAUAAUAAACUUUCUUUCAUUCCCUCUCUGAAAAGUACAACAAGGUAGUGUUCCUUGAAGUUGAUCUGGAUGGCUGUCCGGAUGUUGGUGUAGAAUGUGAAGUCAAAUAAAUGCAUGCCAACAUUUUGAUUUUACAAAAAGGGACAA